ACAUGGCCAUACCUCCUCCCUCUCCUUGGUCUCCACUCUUCCUCCUCCUCGUCUUCCUCCUGCUCCUCAUCUCCUCCCCGCUCCCCCUGCAGGCCCGGCCUCUCCUCCUCCAAUCGUCCAUCAACGUGGCGGUGGUCUUCAGCGGCUCCAGCUACCAGAAUGAGGUCAGGGGUCGUCUCAGCGGGGAGAACUUCGUGGACCUGCCCGUGGUGGUCAGCCCCGUGACGGUGCUGGUCAACGACACCAACCCCCGCGACCUGCUGACGCGCCUGUGUGACACCAUGACCACAGAGAAGCUGCACGGCGUGGUGUUCGAGGACGACGUGGGCUCCGGGACCGGAGUUCAGGUGGCAGAAGUGGCCCAGAUCCUGGACUUCCUCUCCACUCAGACAGCUCUGCCAAUCGUGGGCAUCAGCGGUGGCUCGGCAGUGGUCAUACCAUACAAGUCAGAGGGUUCCUCCUUCCUGCAGAUGGGAGCGUCUCUGGAGCAGCAGAUCCUCUGCAUGUUCAAGAUCAUGGAGGAGUACGACUGGGGCGAGUUUGCGGUGAUCACCAGCUUGAUGCCGGGAUACGACACCUUUGUGGAUAUAGUGGAGGCCUACACAGAUACCUCCUAUUUCCUGUGGAGGCUACAGGACAUAUUGACCCUGGAAAUGUCUGUUGGGUCGAAUGAUGCGAGGACAAAGCGCAUGCUGCAGCAGGUGGACUCUCAGGUCCUGAUGGCGUAUUGCUCCCACGACGAGGCUCAGUAUCUGUUCAGUCAGGCAGCGGAGGUGGGCCUGCUGGGGCCGGGCUACAUCUGGAUCCUGCCCAGUUCGGCCGUGGGCAACCCCGACAGCCCUCCACCUGUCAGCUUCCCCAUCGGCGUGAUCGGCGUGAUAACGGACCAGUGGAGGAAGAGCUUGCGGCAGAGGGUGAGGGAGGGAGUCGCCAUCGUAGCCAAGGGGGCCGAAAGCUUCAAGAAUCAGUACGGCUUCAUUCCUGAGGGACACGGGGACUGCAGCAAGCCGGCGAAGCCCUCCAACAACAACACUCUGUUCAGGCACAUGCUGAAUGUGACGUGGGAACGGAGAGACCUGUCCUUCAACAGCCAGGGCUUCCUCUCCCACCCCUCCAUGAUCAUCAUCGCCCUGGACAGGGAGAGACUCUGGGACAAGGUGGGCACAUACUCUCGGGGGAUCCUCCAGGUCCGCUAUCCUGUCUGGCCUCGGUACGGCAGCUUCCUGGAGCAGGUGUCUGACGACCGGCACCUGACCGUGGCCACGCUGGAGGAGCAUCCCUUCGUCAUGGUGGAGAACGUGGACCCCGGCACCGGCACGUGCGUCCGCAACACGGUGCCCUGCAGGCGUCAGUCCAACCGCACAGAGAGCUCCUUUACCGGCCAGUCGGAGUCCUACAUCAAACUGUGCUGUAAGGGCUUCUGCAUAGACAUCCUGAAGAAGCUGUCCCGCACCAUCAAGUUCUCCUACGACCUCUACCUGGUCACCAACGGAAAACACGGCAAGCUGGUGCGUGGGACCUGGAACGGCAUGAUCGGGGAGGUUGUGUACAGACGAGCUGACAUGGCCAUCGGCUCCCUCACCAUCAACGAGGAGCGCUCGGAGAUCAUCGACUUCUCGGUUCCGUUCGUGGAGACGGGCAUCAGCGUCAUGGUCGCCCGCAGCAAUGGGACGGUUUCUCCAUCUGCCUUUCUGGAGCCCUACAGCCCAGCAGUGUGGGUCAUGAUGUUCGUGAUGUGCCUGACCGUUGUGGCGGUGACGGUUUUCGUGUUCGAGUACCUCAGCCCAGUUGGCUACAAUCGCAGUUUGGUCAGGGCCAAAGAUCCUGGAGGUCCAACCUUCACCAUUGGGAAAUCUGUGUGGCUCCUGUGGGGCAUCGUCUUCAACAACUCGGUCCCCAUCGAGAACCCCAAGGGAACCACCAGUAAGAUCAUGGUCCUGGUGUGGGCCUUCUUCGCCGUCAUCUUCCUGGCGUCCUACACCGCCAACCUGGCUGCCUUCAUGAUCCAGGAGCAAUAUAUCGACACAGUGUCCGGCCUCUCCGACAAGAAGUUCCAGAAGCCACACGAGCAUUACCCUCCCUUUCGCUUCGGGACGGUCCCCAACGGGAGCACGGAGAGGAACAUCCGCAGCAACUAUCCCGACAUGCACAUGCACAUGAUGAAGUACAACCAGAAGGGGGUGGAGGAAGCACUCGAAAGCCUCAAAACCGGGAAGCUGGACGCCUUCAUCUACGACGCUGCCGUUCUGAACUACAUGGCCGGGAAGGACGAGGGCUGCAAGCUGGUGACCAUCGGCAGCGGCAAAGUGUUCGCCACCACGGGAUACGGCAUCGCGCUGCAGAAGGACUCCCGCUGGAAACGGCUCAUUGACCUGGCGCUGCUGCAGUUCCUCGGAGAUGGAGACACCCAGCGCUUGGAGACGGUUUGGUUAUCGGGCAUCUGCCAGAACGAGAAGAACGAGGUGAUGAGCAGCAAGCUGGACAUCGACAACAUGGCGGGUGUCUUCUACAUGCUGCUGGUGGCCAUGGGCCUUAGCCUGCUGGUGUUCGCCUGGGAACACCUGCUCUACUGGAAGCUGAGACACUCCCUCCACAAGUCUCACAAGCUUGACUGCCUGUUGGGCAUCAGCAGGGGUAUUUACAGUUGUUACAACGGAGUGGAGGAAACGGGGCGUUCUUCCGGUAUGGCCAAACCUGACCUGACCUCCAACUACGCUCAAGCAAACAUGCUGAAGAUGCUUCGUACUGCCAAAGAUCUGGUCUCCACUGCCAAUGUGGAGAGCUCCCUGGACAAUGCCACCAAGACGAUAGAACACUUGAGCCGUCAUGGCGGCAGCUUGCCUCUUCGUGUGCCACAGAUCUCCACUGAGUCCGUACCUGGAGGAUUUGCGUAUAUAACUGAGAAUCACUCCUCCCUCCCGCAGCGCUCGAUGACCCCACCUCUGGUAGCUGUUACCUCUCUGAAGCAGCAUAGGAGCAUGAGGCCCACGCCGCUGCGUUACACCCUCCCUACUCGCUCUACUCCCUGUCUGUAUGACCGUCCACUUCCUGUAUCCAGCCUUAGCAACCCCCACUUGGCCGUGGGUGAGCCCCUCCCUCAUCAACACCCACACCAUUACCAGACCACCGGGCGACUUUACGUAGACUCUCAUUCACCGUUCGUCCCCUAUGGUGAUCUACAACUACCCGACAUCUACGCCUCCCACCCGGUCGCCCCACCUCAGAACCAGCACGUCCCAGCCGGCCUCACCCGACGGAAAAGGAGGUCCAAGAGUUUCCAGUGUGAGGAGGAGGAGUUGGAGAGGCGGAAACACAGGGACCAGGAGAUGAACAACCAAAGUCCCGUCUGUAUGAGCGAGCUGAAAGUCAACCACCUCCAAGAAAACCACCUCUCUGCAGCCAGCGCUGAAAGCAUAUACACAGGGGAGGGUGUGGGUCCUCGGGUGGAGAACUACGGCUCCUGGCCGCCAGAGGACCUCAUGCUGAGAGGGAGACGAAGACACCGCCGCCCCUCUUUCCUUAAAGCCACGUGGGGCAGCGAGCAAAUCCGCCAGCUCGACGAAUCCCAGUCAUCCCUCUCCAGCCAGUCACCUUCCACCCUGCCAGACCUGUUCCCAUGCAUUCUCACACCAACCACGCCCGCCAAGGCACACAACCCCGCCCAGCUUCGAAACAACCUGUGCCUCUCACGGAACCAGGCCUACCUCCACAUCAGGCAGGACCAGAGGAGGCCCACAGGCCGUAAGGGCCAGAGGCUGCGCUACUCCCACUCCGCCCACCUGCCCUCGUAUGGAGAAGCAGUGCGACAUGGGACUGGGUUUGGACGGGGGAUGGUGCGGAGGGCUACCAGCCUGCUCACCAGACAGUACGCCCACUACCUGAACUCAUAUCCAGGACUACCCCUCUACCAUGGCCCACUGGACCUACAGCACCACAGCCAGGCUUCCAACAACCCCAGCCCAGUGUGCCAGCUGUUGGCAUGUGGCGGUGGGCGAUGCGGGGGCCAGCGGGCACUGCUUUACCAGGACAGUGUAUAUGGGGGCUACGGAGUCUAUCAGGGGUCCCAGACUGGUUUAGAGGCACAGGGCUGCCAGGGAGCGGGGGGCCAGCCUGCAGGGAGCCCCUGUGUUCUCCGCCCCUGGCGACGGGUGUCCAGCCUGGAGUCUGAGGUCUGAUGGGAAAACAAAAGGACUUCAUGAGAUGGGUACUGUGGAUUUCCAGAGGUUGAAACCACUAUGGAGAGGGUGUAGUGGUGUGAUUAAUGAAACAGGGAAAAAUUAGGACUUGAAGUAAGUGGUCAUUUUCUGUGACUUUGCUUGGUAAAUAAAAAAGUUUGGGGCUGCACAUUUGACAGAAGACGAGGAUGGACGAGGACCACACUGGUGUCAUCCUCCAGAAAGCUGUGGGAAGCUGGAGCUGGCACGUUUCACUCGCCGCUUUCCUACAACAUCGCUUCUGUGUUUUUCCCUGUGCUUUAAUGUGCACCAAGAUUUAAAGUCUACGGUGUUGGCGCAUGGUCUGUGUGUGUGUGUGUGUGUGUGCGUGCGUGUUGUGCGUAUUUUAUUGUGGUUGGUUGGGAUUCGGUCGUGGGUGUCGUCUGGUAGAGGAACUGUUUACAGCUGGGGUAGAAAAUAUGGGAGGAAUAAAGAAUUGUAGCCACUGAAAUACAAGCAGCAGUUGUAGCAAGAUUUUGUGAAGACAGUGGAGUUUAAGUCCAAAGUAAAAAAAAACACAUACCUGGAAGAACUCAUCAUUCUGAGACGUCUGUUUUGUGAACAUCAGGUAACUUCUUGGAGUAUUUACACCGUUUUUUGGAGCUAAACCCUUCACGUCCUCAUCGUGACGAGUCACGGGAAGCAGAGACUUUGUGGAAACAGUCAAUGUGAACACAGUCUGUAAAGUGAUGAAGAUGUGGGGGGCAGGGGGGGGGGGCAGCGUUGACCAGCACUAGGUGUCUUAAACCUUGGACUCUUCCUCACUGGGUCUCGGCGUGAGGCCACAGUACAGCACAACAUCACACAGGGCCUCACAGUAAAUAACUUCUGUAUUCAAAGUACUGCAUCGAUAUAGAUAAGAUGUUCUAUUUGAGGCUGGUUAGUGUCAUAUUCAUGUAUUCUACAUAUGAUAGGAAUUUAUAGUCACUCUUUAAAAUUUUCUAAUUACACUUCUGGCACAUUCUAAUGUUUUCUUUUUUGUAAAGCUAUUGCUAAUCUACUGGAAUAUUUGUUAUUAUUGUAUUAAUUCUCAUCAGUUGGCCUAUAUUAACAUUUUCAUCACUCUCUCUCUUUUCCACUCUUUUAUAUUCCCUCAUCACCCCCCUCUUCUCCCCUCCCACCCCCCCCCAUUCCUUUUAACUGUUUAAUGAUUAAAUUUAAAUGAGUUAAUUGAAAGCUAUUCUAGUAUCUAUAUUACCUGG